GUUAAAUAGCAGCUGACUGUACAGAGGAGAGACAAACUGUGUGAUUUCCAGUGUUUAAUCUGAGGGUUUUGUUUUCAGGAUGGAUUUUGCCUGCAGUCAUGUUGUCUAUAACUGGAGAUCAGAUGGAGAAGGUGUUUCUCUGGACGUUCCCGACUACCACAACACUCCGACUGUUAAAGUGGAGGAAGCUCCUCCUCCGCUGCCUCCUCGUCGGCUGAGGAAACCUCGACCUUCCUCCAUGACGUUCCUUCCUCCUGCGGACAGUCGAGGUCCAGUCGUUAUCCCUCCUCCGGUUCCUCCUCGCUUCGACAGGCCGGAAGGAGAAAACAGGACCAAAGCCAACGUGAACGUCGUCUCGCUCAGCGUUGGAAGACUGGUGAACAUCAGCCGAGAGUCGGGGCUGGAGAGUUUCCAGAGCCCGGUGGUUUGUGGGAAAUGUAGUGCCGCCCUGUCGUGUCUGAGCUCCGUGCGGAACAACGUGUGGCUCUGUGAGUUCUGUGGAAGUGAGAACGUCGUGGACGAAGGUGUGAGUCAGGUGUGCGUGGGUCAGCGUGCCGGCGUUCGCAGCGAUGACAUUUACCUGCCGCAGCAGAGUGAAGACGACUACCAGAACCUGGAGGACACGCUGGUGGUCUUCUGUGUGGACAUCUCAGGCAGCAUGAGCAUCACCACGGAGGUCGCUUCAGGCUUCGGUUCUCCAACGUACGUGUCCAGACUGGAGGGCAUCCAGGACGCCCUGCAGAAGGCGCUGUCCUCCAUGUUACAGGAGUCGCCUCGCAGGAGAGUCGCUCUGGUGACGUUUACUGACGAGGUGGUGAUCUACGGUGACGGUACCAGAACUCCUCUGACCCUCAGAGCCUGGGCUCUGUUCGAUGAAAAUCACAUCUGGCAGCAGAGUUCAGCCUUCAGCGUUCCUCACUGCAUCGCUGAGACACAUCUGCAGCUGAAGCAGAGGAUCAAGGACCUCAGGGAACACGGAGCCACGGCUCUCGGUCCUGCUGCUUUAGCCUCUGUUGCCGUGGCGUCCAGGUAUCCAGGGUCAAAGGUAGUUCUGUGUACCGACGGUCAAGCCAACAUCGGACUGGGAGCCAUGGACCAGAGUCGCUCUCAGCCGUCAUCCGAUGCUCCAGACUUCUACGGACAGGUGGCUCAGCGGGCCGUGGACAGCGGAGUCAUCAUAUCAGUGAUGACGUUUGAAGGGACCGACUGUCGGCUGGCAGAUAUCGGCCGACUGGCCGACGCUACCGGAGGACAGGUGAACAUCGUCAGCAUCGGUACCAUAGCAACAGAGAUCCAGUCAGCCUCUGCGGACAAUGUCCUUGCAACAGGCGCCACGGUAACGCUGAUGGGUCCCGAUGGAGUAUAUUUUCCAUUUAUAGAAGAAAACGACCACAAAGUGGUGAAAGAGAUCGGUAACGUCACCAGAGGGACGGAGAUCACCUUCCAGUUCGCUGUGAAACCAGAUUUUGUGGACGCGUUUCUGCAGAAGAACACGAUUCCGUUCCAGCUGCAGCUGAGCUUCAAGACCAGAGACCAGCAGAGAGUCACUCGGAUCAUCACCGAGCAGCGACCGGUGACCAGCAGCAAUCGGGUUCUGAUUGGUCGGCUCAACACGGCGGUCCUCGGCGUUCACUGCGCUCAGCUCUCUGCCUUUCUAACCAUGGAGGGUCGAGUGGAGGAGGCUCAGAGGCAGCUGAAGGCCCAACAACACCUGCUCAGUCUCAUCAGAUUGAGGCCAAUCAGAAAGGAGGAGAGUAUCUAUGGCAACUGGAUGGACACCAUGACGACCAUCUGUGAUGACAUCAAGCCGGAUACGCCUGUAGCUGGGAGUCUCUCCGAUGAAGCAGCGAAGGUCGUUUACCAGAUGAGGAGAGCCAGCAGCAUCAGCAUCAACAACAACUACUUCUGGAGAAACACAGCGGAGUUCCAGCAGAGAGCUACGAGGGAAAAGGAGGCCCCGACGGAAGAAAAAUGAAAAAAUAAAAAGUCACGGAACUGAUAAAAGUGGCAUUUUUCACCAUUAAUCUGCCUGUAAUGAAGCAGCUACAGCUCUGGGUUUCUUGGUCUCUACAAGCUCUACUAAAGUGGAGAAAAAAUAAGACAAGAACAAGUAAAUGAGACAUGAAUGGACCUUUUUGCACAAAUCUGAGUCACAUGAUGAAGCGUAAACAUGAACCAAUCACUCCGUUGUUGUAUUUAAUGCAUCAGACAUGGACCACUGCAGGUUUUAUCACUGAUCCGGAUUAAAAUGGAUCAAUUAUCUAUCAGUGAACUGAUGAAACGUGUCUGUACUGCACCAGAUUUCUGUUUUAAAGAAACUGUUGUUCAGACAGAGAAGAGGUUGUUUGUGUUUAUUGUUAAAUAGUUUUGGGUUUUUUUUAACUGAAGUUGACACCAGAAGAAUAAAUAUUUAAUGCUGUAACUUUUAAUUUGGCUCACAAAAGCAAAACAAACGGAUCCCGAUGCUUCUUUAAAGACGUUUAAGGUCUUCUUAUUACCCAGAUUUAGCUGAUUCUUUACCUACAGUAACUUCAUUUAAUGGACCAAAGAAUUGGGUCAAUUUGGACAAAUUUGGUUGAGGGAAAACUUCAAAUAAUUUUUCAAUAUGUACAUUUUCUUGAAGACUCCUCUUCACUAGAGUCAUUUUAGAGAAUUUUUUGAUCAUUUUGGACACAUUUUUAGUCAUUUUAGAAAUGUGCUUUGUCAUUCUGGACAAGAACUGAAUCAUUUUUGAGAUGUUUUUGUCAUGUUUGAUAAAUUUUCAGUAAUUCUGGACAAAUCUGGACAAAAGUUUAGUCAGUUUGGACAAGUUUGUGUCAUUCUGGACAAAUGUGAUUGAGGGAAAACAUAAUUUUCCAAUAUGUGCAUUUUCUUGAAGACUCCUCUUCACUCGAAUCAUUUUAGAGAUGCUUUUGUCAUUUUGGACAAAUUUAUAGUCAUUUUAUAAGAAGUUUUUAUCAUGUUAGACAAAUUUUCAAAAAAUUCAAAAGUUGUCCUAAAUGAAAAAAAAAUUACAAAAUUAAUAAAAAAAAGUAAUCCAAAUGAUUUAAAUGUGUCAAAAUAGUUCAUAAAAUGUCCAAAAUAUUUUGAAAAACUACAAUAUUGUGUGUGAUUUAAGCUAAAAUAUCUCCGUGAGUUGAUUUUAAACUAAAUUCAAGAGAAGAUAAUUUAAUAAAAAUGCCUUGAUAACAUAAUGUUUCUGUCUUACUAUGCCUGGACAAUUUCAGACAUAAAAGGUUGGUUAUUAAAAUCUCUUCUUGUUCUUUAAGAUGUUCAAAAUGACAAAAUUUGUCCAGAAUAACUCAAACUGUGCAAAAUGACAUAAAGAAAAGUCCAAAGUGGAUGAAGAUUUGUCAAAAAUUACACAAAAAUUGUCAGAAAAGGUCCAAAAUUGUGUUUUUUAAACUCACAUUUCUGUAUCAAUUGAUUUAAAACUAACAUCCAGUCAACAGUUGUAGUAAAUGACUUAAAAAAUUUACAAAAUGACAAAAAAGUUAACCCAAAAUCAUCUAAAUGUGUCCAAAUGAUUCAUAAAUUGUCCAAAAAUAAUUUGAAAAAACAACAAUAUUGUGUGUAAUUUAAGCUAAAAUGUCUGUGUUAGUUGAUUUUAAACUAAAUUCAAGUGAAGACAAUUUAAUAAAAAUGCAUUUUUGUCUUACCAUGUCUGGAAAGUCUAAAGUGGCUGAAGAUUUUUGAGAAAUGACUCAAAAAUUGUCAGAAAAUGUCCACAAUUGUUUUUUUUUUUCAAACUCUGAGACAAAAGGAGACAAAGGAGUAUUUUCAAUGCAGAACUUCUAGCCAGUGACCCAGAAAGAUUUCUUUUUUAAGUCGUGCAUACGCUUUGUCCCUGCAGGCUGUGUUGUAGUUAAUGAAGCUCGUAUAUCUCGUAAAUGUGGUGUUUGAGCUCAGGAACUUCUGGAGAACGUGACGUGAUGACCCACAAACAUUCACUAUGAAGACAUGCAGAGAUGCAGGCUGUCACUGAGGAUUGUGUUUGUAGUUAGAACUCACCUAUAUUUUGUCACAUGCUGCGUGAUUCAUGCCAAAAUCAACAAAGUUUGAAAUCUAGUUCAGCAUCAGAAAGAACCACUGAAGCUGCAAAAACCACCAAUGAGCCGCUGUGACAUGAGUAUAAAUUCAGUUUUUGAUGAA